AUGCUGCCUUACGCCACCGUGGACGCGGCGGAAGCCGCCCUCGGCAGAUCCCUCACGGCGGCCGAGGCGCUGUGGCUCAGGUACUCCGCCGCCAAGUCCGAUUACGUCCUCUACUGCCACAACAUCAUCUUCCUCUUCCUCAUCUUCUCCGUCUUCCCCUUUUACUACCUCCUCUUGGAGAACUUCUUCGGGAAAUCCGUCAGCCCUUACAAAAUCCAGCCCAAGGUGAAGCUCUCAUUUUCCGACACGCUCCGAUGCUACAAAUCGGUCAUGGGCAUGUUCUUUCUGGUCGUGGGGCCCCUUCAGCUCGUCUCCUACCCCGCCGUUAAGUUGAUAGGAAUACGAACGAGCUUGUCAUUGCCUUCAUUAUGGGAAAUUCUGCUGCAAUUGGGGGUUUAUUUUGUAAUCGAGGACUACACAAACUAUUGGAUCCACAGGUUUCUUCACUGCAAGUGGGGGUACGAGAAAAUCCACAAGGUGCAUCAUGAAUACACAGCCCCAAUCGGGUUCGCGGCUCCAUAUGCCCACUGGGCUGAGGUUUUGAUCCUCGGCAUCCCGUCUUUUCUCGGGCCUGCUAUGGUCCCAGGACAUAUCCUUACUUUCUGGCUUUGGAUUGGUUUGAGGCAGAUUGAGGCAAUUGAGACUCAUAGUGGGUACGAUUUCCCGUGGACUCCAACAAAGUAUAUCCCUUUUUACGGUGGCCCGGAUUACCAUGAUUACCAUCAUUAUGUCGGUGGACAGAGUCAAAGUAACUUUGCAUCAGUAUUUACCUAUUGCGAUUACAUAUAUGGCACUGACAAGGGAUACCGCUUUCAAAAGAAGGUCCUCCAGCAGGUGCAAGAGGAACAAAAAUCCAAGGUUGGAGAAGACAAAGUCAUACGUGAAGAAUCUGGACAAGGUUAUAAAUUCGACUGA